AUGUGUCCCAAAUGUCAUACUAACGGUAGACUUAGCACUAUUACUUUUUUUUUCAUCUCUCUUCUCAGAAGUCUCAACUGCCCUACUAGUUGCAGACCUAGUCUUUCAACUCUUUGCUCAGGCGUAUCGUAUGCCCUAUUAGCGGCAGAACUAUCUCUCUUACCUUUCUUUCAACUUUCUGUUCAGGACUCUCAACUGCCCUACUGGCGGCAGCCCCUUUUCUGUAAACCUUGUAGACUUUCAUCUCUUUCCUCAGUAGUCACUGCUAGCAUCUUUUCUUUCGUCGCUUUUCUUAUGAUUCUCAACUGGCCAAUUCUCAACAGACCUAUCUCUAUUAGCGAGCAUCCUUUCAUAUAUUUUCUCAUGAGCCUCAUGUUCCAUGUUAUCAGUUCUCUUUGGUCUAGAAUCCUGACGUUAUUUUCCUUCCUUUGUUCAAGCGUCCCAGUUUCUCUACGUGCCGUUGACCUCCCGAUAACUUUCCUGUCUUUGCUCAAAAUUGUCAGCUGCUCUUUGAGUAGCAAACAUAUCUAUUUCGUUCCGAAGCGUUUGCUGUCUCUGAAUCCUUCGGCUUUCAGUCUUUCUUCCCCUUGUGUUGAUGUUUCAACUGCCCGAUGUAAAGAAUUUUGUGCACUUUCUACCUGCAAAUUUGUUUCUUUCUGUUUUCUGUUGUCCUCCAUCACUCUUCUUGGAAAACCCUUUCAUUUGCUUACUCUUGAGUUGCUAAAAAUCUUGUUUGACUGUGUUCUAUAG